AUUUGUUGUUUGCUAACUCUCAAUAUAAAAGAACGAAGAAGAAAGAGGGCGGGAGAUAUGCUUCCUGAUUUCUUCUCGUUGAUGAGCUGCACACUCAGUGUGGCGUGUCGAGGUUACUGACGUGACUGACUUUCACAUCCAGCGCACAAUAUUUGGAAGACUAUGGCAGAACCUGAGCAGCCGAAGCCCGCUCAUCUGGACAGAAAUGGGCUUCCAUAUUUAUCAGAGGGAACCUUUUUGGAGUGGGUGACGACAAACAGUGCAAGCAACACAACCAGGAAGAGGGAAGACUACCUGGAAUGGCCAGAGUACUUCAUGGCUGUAGCCUUUCUGUCAGCCCAGAGGAGCAAGGACCCGAGCUCACAGGUGGGGGCAUGUAUAGUGAACCAAGAGAAUAAGAUAGUUGGCAUUGGUUACAAUGGUAUGCCCAAUGGCUGUGAUGAUGACCUGCUACCGUGGACCAGAUCUGCUAACGACCGACUUGACACUAAAUACCCUUAUGUGUGCCAUGCAGAGUUGAAUGCCAUUAUGAACAAGAACAGUGCUGAUGUGAAAGGCUGCACCAUGUAUGUGGCUUUGUUCCCCUGCAACGAGUGUGCCAAGCUUAUCAUCCAGGCAGGUAUUAGGGAAGUGAUCUAUCUUUCUGAUAAGUACCAUGACACGCCAGAGAUGGUUGCUUCAAGAAGGUUGCUGAGCAUGGCAAGCAUACAAUACAGGCAGUUCCAGCCCAAAAGGACUAAGAUUGUCAUUGAUUUUGAUUCCAUUAACCACUCUGGAAUGCUGAACAGCGCAACCAAGUGAAAAUGCAACGGCUCACCUUGGGGAGCUGCUGAAAGAGAUGAGGAGGCAGAGGAAGACUGAUGAGAUUGAAAGGGACUUUGAUGCCUUUUUUCUCUAUGUCUUCUUGCCCCCUGCUUUGACCAAAGGGAAACUCAAGGAUACCUUGACUUUAGAGCCUUGAUAUUUUGAUUAACUGGAUAGUCAAGAUACUUUAAUUUGAUGCUUCGCCCUUUUUGGCUAACUCUGGUGGAAGGUCAUUCAAUUAUACUUUCACAUUUAUUCUUUUAAAACUCCCUUUGGGUUUAUGAAUACACACAGACAGUGAACACACUUUCUUUAGUGAUUUUAAAUUCUUUUGUGUUGUGAAUUAGAUCUGGUCAUGGCUGUCUCCACAGGGGAAAACCUAAAAUCUUCUUUCCUCCUUCAAAUUAAGUUCCAGACAGAUAUAGAUCUAUUGGUUAAUUUGACCUUUUACAUUCACAGUCGAAAUUGCCCAAGUCAUGUUGUAUUAAAUACUGGUAGCUGCUGACUGUCUGCCGCGUAACAACAGGGGAAACAAGUAUAUGAACAUGAAUAUUUGAUGUGCACAGUAAAGAAUUGCCUAAUUUUUUAAUUGACUAAGCAUCAUAUAAGCUUUUACUAGACAUGUUUCUAACAAGCUUGCUCUGUCUCUUACUAGCUUACUAGUAAUUUGAAGUUUGAGUUGGCACAAUUUGUAUUUUUUGCAAAAAGGUAGCCAUUGUUGGCCUUGUCUUUAUGUCCUCGGGUUAGUUACGGAGUGCAUAUAGGGGUUUUAAUAUUCCUGGUAUGGGGUUAUGGAUCUUUAUUUUAAUUACCAUUUUACUAUUGUGUUCUACAAGGUGCUGCUGUCUCUGGUUGGUCAGACAAUAUUUAUGUAAUUGGAGUGUGUUAUAUAAAAUGUCACUUUAUUUUAGAUUUCCUUCACAGUACUGAAAGGCUUUUAAAAACAUGUUGAUUUAACACAGUCUUAAACUGCUGCCAUUUAGCUGACAACAACUGAACCUUCUGCUGUUUACUGUGUAAUAUGUGUUACGAUAAAUGUAUGAGGGCCAAUUAUUUGUCUGUGUAUCAGCUACAACUAUGUACACGUGUGCUUUAGAUGACAGGGAAACACUUCUCACAAUUCUGUCUUUAUAUCAUCAUUCUUAGUUAUAACCACAUCAGUUGUCUGUGCAGUUGGAGUCAAUAAAUGUUUUGGACCGAUG